CCGUUAGCGCAGUUGCAAUUGAGUUGUUGACCGUGUCGGACUUACAAAUCGAAUAGUCUCUCGUCUGUAAUACAAAUAUAAGAAAAGUAUUUCAGCUGAAAAAAAAGUCAAAAAGCUGCAAGGAAUAUUAAUUAGGCAACGGGCUGGUUAACCCUUAAGAAACUACUCCAUAGAAGUAAUAGCAUCACAACGGUGACAGCGACAAUUACAGCAGCGAGCAACAAAGGGCGCAGAUAGUUAAUUUUUAAAUUUUCACCUUUAACCAACUAACAAAAACAACACAACAGCAAUGGCUGACCAACUUACAGAAGAACAAAUCGCUGAAUUCAAAGAGGCAUUCUCGCUCUUCGAUAAAGAUGGUGAUGGCACCAUCACGACAAAAGAAUUGGGCACAGUGAUGCGAUCACUGGGACAAAAUCCAACAGAAGCCGAACUGCAAGACAUGAUAAAUGAAGUCGAUGCUGACGGUAAUGGCACCAUUGACUUCCCCGAGUUCUUGACAAUGAUGGCACGUAAAAUGAAGGAUACCGAUAGUGAAGAGGAGAUCCGAGAAGCCUUUAGAGUAUUCGACAAGGACGGCAAUGGCUUCAUUUCAGCGGCUGAAUUGCGUCACGUCAUGACAAACUUGGGUGAAAAGUUAACAGACGAAGAAGUGGAUGAAAUGAUCCGGGAGGCUGAUAUCGAUGGUGACGGUCAGGUCAAUUAUGAAGAAUUCGUGACUAUGAUGACAUCGAAGUGAGCAGAUAAAUUACUUGUUUUUAAGCCUUUCUAUGUUUUUAAGAUGUUGACGAAGACUGUAGCUGGGCGCAACAACAUCGCGCGACGCUGUUGCUAUGGAAACCAUGAAAAAGAAAUAUAAAAAAAAUAUAUAAA